AUGUACAGAAAGAAACUUCCUGUUAGAUGUAGAUAUGCAAAGAUGCUGGUUUUAAAAUUAUUGGUGGUUAUAAUAAUUGUUGCUGUAACGUCAACCAGUAAAAUAGGGCGACCAGAUGAUCUUCCUACUGAAGUUGAUUGGAGAAAACGAGGUCUGGUUACCCCUUCUAUAUAUCAGGGCGAAUGCGGUGAUGGCUGGGCGUUCGCGGCAGCAGAUGCUGUUUAUGGUCAGUUAGUAAAAAAGGAGGGAAAACAUACCAUUCCAUCUGUACAAAAUCUUGUCGAUUGUUCUCGACCACAAGGUAAUUAUGGUUGUGAAGGAGGAUAUAGCGUUAAUGCCUUUAAAUAUAUCAUAGAAAAUGGUGGCAUGAAUAUACAGAAAGAAUAUCCCUAUGCUGCACACAAUCAACAAUGUCGAUACAACCAGUCAGCUACAAACAUCAAAAUAAAAACAUAUUUAGCCUUACCAUCUGGUAGUGAAUUAGAUCUUCAGAGAGCGGUUGCUAAUGUUGGUCCGGUAGCAGUUGAUAUACAGGCUGACCUUCCGUCAUUUCGUACCUAUAAUAAAGGAGUAUACGACGACUCUAAUUGUACUGGAUCACAACUAGAUCAUGGUGUGUUGGUAGUCGGUUAUGGUGUUUACAAUGGAACUGACGUCUGGAUUGUCAAAAACAGCUAUGGUGUGAUAUGGGGAAUGAAUGGGUAUAUUCUGAUAGCUAGAAAUAAAAACAAUUUAUGUGGAAUAGCAUCUAGAGCCAGCUUUCCUAUAUUACAUUAA